UCAAUAUCAGCAUUUCUUAAAAUGGUUCUGGGAAAAAAAAGUGACAAAGAAGUGAAAGGUGUGAGAAUCAGAAACAAUACAGUUGGCAGAAGAAUAGACGAAAUGAGUGAAGAUAAUGAAAUACAACUUGUUGAAAAGCGGAAAACAAAGAGAUUCUCAUUGCACAUGGAUAAAUCAACAUCGAGAGGCAGUGAGGCUAUAGUGAUAACUCACGUAAGAUAUAUUGAUAAAUGAAAUUUUGCUGGAGAAAUGCUCUUCUUUAAAUCAUUAGAAAGCACCACUGCCGCCUAAAUUAUAUAUAUAAUGAGAUAAAAAAUUACUUAGAUGUCAAUAAUGUA